AUGUCUACACUUGGCAGCUAUCAUGCUAUGAUCGUUUCGAAAUACUUUAAAACAAUUAACGACUUCAUCAAUUUAGAAUUGGUAUGCAAAAAGUUCCGUGGUAAUACGGACAAAUUCCACUUCAACCCAAUAACGUUGAAUUCAAAAACACUUGGAUACUUCCCAAACAUUGAGACACUUCAUUUGUGGGAUAUAGACGAUGAAGGCUUUUUCGAUGGAUUUCUGAUUAUAUUCAAUAAAAACCAUGUAAACAAUGAAUGUAUGAAGAUGUUAACAAAAACAGAGUAUAUGUGCCUAAGCGGAUAUUGUUGUUUUUAUAAUUGUUACGAUUUAAGUAGUAUCACAAUACCAUCGAGUGUGACAUCUAUCGGCAAUAAAUGUUUUAGUAAUUGCUGUAAUCUGAGGAAUUUAAAAAUACCACCAAGUGUUACAUCAAUAAGCAAUUAUUGUUUUUAUGAAUGCUUGAAUUUAAGUAAAGUUACAAUACCAUCGAGUGUUAUAUCAAUUGGUUGUAAUUGUUUUUAUAAAUGCAGCAGUUUAACAAGUGUUAAAAUACCAUCAAGUGUCAUCUCAAUUGGCGAUGAUUGUUUCUUUAUGUGCUUUAAUCUAGAUAAUGUUAUAAUACCAUCAAGUGUGACUUCAAUUGGUAUAGGUUGUUUCUUUGCAUGCUAUAAUUUACAAAGUAUUACAAUACCAUCUAAAGUGAUAAAUAUCAACAAAGAUAUAUAUAUAUUGGAUAUAAAUAUCAGAAUAAUAUCACAUUUAAUGAUUAAGAUAAAUUAUAAUCAAACCAAGUUAUUCAUCGAAAACGAGUUAGAUAAUUAA